CGCGGAGGGUAAGCACAGAGCAGAACGUUCAGUCCCUCAGCUUUCGGUUCUGAGAGCGGGUUAAGCGGCUGUGAGCGGACCGGCUUUUGGGUGCAGGAUCCUGGAGCCCUGGCGCGCGCUCUCACGGGGAGCCUGCUGGAGAUGCGUGCUGCGGGACUCCCUGCCCUUCCUGUCACCCACCCCUGUCCCCAGGUGCCCAUUCCCUGUCCCCUAGCUGCACCAUCCUGGAGCCCUGGCGCGCGCUCUCACGGGGAGCCUGCUGGAGAUGCGUGCUGCGGGACUCCCUGCCCUUCCUGUCACCCACCCCUGUCCCCAGGUGCCCAUUCCCUGUCCCCUAGCUGCACCAUCCUGGAGCCCUGGCGCGCGCUCUCACGGGGAGCCUGCUGGAGAUGCGUGCUGCGGGACUCCCUGCCCUUCCUGUCACCCACCCCUGUCCCCAGGUGCCCAUUCCCUGUCCCCUAGCUGCACCAUCCUGGAGCCCUGGCGCGCGCUCUCACGGGGAGCCUGCUGGAGAUGCGUGCUGCGGGACUCCCUGCCCUUCCUGUCACCCACCCCUGUCCCCAGGUGCCCAUUCCCUGUCCCCUAGCUGCACCAUCCUGGAGCCCUGGCGCGCGCUCUCACGGGGAGCCUGCUGGAGAUGCGUGCUGCGGGACUCCCUGCCCUUCCUGUCACCCACCCCUGUCCCCAGGUGCCCAUUCCCUGUCCCCUAGCUGCACCAUCCUGGAGCCCUGGCGCGCGCUCUCACGGGGAGCCUGCUGGAGAUGCGUGCUGCGGGACUCCCUGCCCUUCCUGUCACCCACCCCUGUCCCCAGGUGCCCAUUCCCUGUCCCCUAGCUGCACCAUCCUGGAGCCCUGGCGCGCGCUCUCACGGGGAGCCUGCGGGAGAUGCGUGCUGCGGGACUCCCUGUCCCGUUCCCACCCCCUUGCCCAGGGCCCACUCCCUGCGUGUCCACCACAGCGCCUGUCCAGCGGGAAUUCAGCUUCGGGGCUGCCCUUGCUGACAUUGUGCAGACCCACAGGCUUCCUGGGUCGCAGGCACUACCUGGACUUCUGUGGGUUCUUAGGACUGUCCUCACAAAGAACUUGACCUUAGGCAACGUACUUAACUUCCCCUGACCUCCCUUUCCUAUCUCCUGAGAUAGCGGUUGUUAAUGAAACUUCAGAGGGUCGUGUGAGCAUUAACCGCGGUCUGGUAUUGAAAUCUCGAGUCCCAUGCAAGUAAGUUCAUUCAUUGAUCAAAGACAAGAAUAGUUCGUCUAAUUGCACUUUUACAUAAGGAGUGAGCUUUUUAACCGUUCCGAGUGAACUGUUUGGCCCCUGAUUUCUCCAUGAGCAUUCUCCGUUGCUGUUUCUUCACUUUGAGAGACUGAGAUUGAAAGAAGAUAAGAAAUUGGCUGAAGAUCACACAAUUAGUAAAUGUUAGAGCCAGAAUAAAACCCAGUUCUGAGUGACUUGAAAGUGCAUGCUUUUUGCACAUUACGGUCUUAUAUUCUCCAUUCUUCCCAUCCUUUGGUCCCCAAGUGACUUUACUUUCAGUGAAGAGCCCUGGGACCUGUAACGUUUGCUUGUAUAAUCAGGGCCCAUCAUUAGUUAUUGCCAUUUUUCUAGGUAAACGGUGGUUUUUACUGCUUAGGAGGGAAACUUCAAAGGUGUUUCUAAAACAUAGCUCCAGCUGGAGGGUGCUUUUUAAAUUCUUCAAGGACAAGAUGAAUACAGACUCGAAGGAGGUUUUCCCCUUGGAUGGGCAAGCUCCUGAAGUUUGGGAAGAACUUCUGACAGUGAAAGUGGAGAUGGAAAGUCGUGUCCGAACGCAGGAGUCCAGGCUGAAACCUAGUAAUCUUCUGGGGAGGGAAAUUUUCCGAAGGCACUUUCGACAGCUGUGCUACCAGGAGACCCCGGGACCCAGGGAGGCCCUCACCCGACUCCAGGAACUCUGCCGCCAGUGGUUGAGGCCACAUGUGAGCACCAAGGAGCAGAUCGUGGAGCUGCUGGUGCUGGAGCAGUUCCUGACCAUCCUGCCCGAGGAGCUGCAGGCCUGGGUGCGGGAGCACAGCCCAGAGAGUGGGGAAGAGGCUGUGAUUUUGCUGGAGGAUCUGGAGAGAGAGCUCGAUGAGCCACAACAUGAGGUCAUAGCCCACACACAGGGGCAAGAAGUCCUCUCUGAAGAAGUGCCUCUGGGGGCACCAACUUCACUGAGCCUCCAGUCUCAGGCUGAGGAGCCCCAGCUCACCUGUGACACUGCUCAGCAGCCCCACACUGUUGGAGAGACAGAUGCAAUGACCAAGGCUGAGGACAGAGAGCUGGUGCUGAGAAAAGACUGUCCUAAGACAGUGGCGUCCCAUGGGGAAAUAUUUUACGGAUAGACUUUGGAGGAAUCCCCCCAGGAUCCCCAACAUGGAGAACCCAGUGACCCUGCGGGUUGGGCAGCGGGGCGCCGGGGCGGCCUCCGAGCGGAGCGAGGGCACAAGUGUGACGCGUGUGGGAAGAGCUUCGCCCAGAGCGCAGGCCUUGUGCGCCAUCGGAGGAUCCACACCGGGGAGAGGCCGUAUGAGUGUAAGGAGUGCGGGAAGACCUUCAGUCGGAGCUCGGGUCUCUUCAACCACCGCGGCAUCCACAACGUACAGAAGCGGUACCGCUGCGCGGAGUGCGGCAAGGCCUUCAGCCAGAGCGCGGGUCUCAUCCAGCACCAGCGGACCCACCGGGCCGAGAGGCCCCAUCAGUGCGGCCAGUGCGGGAAGAGCUACGGUCGGCGCUCGUUCCUCAUCGAGCACCAGAGGAGCCACACGGGCGAGCGGCCUCACCGGUGCACCCAGUGCGGGAAGAGCUUCAACCGCCGCUGCAACCUCAGCCGCCAUCACAAGACGCACGCGGCGGCCGCGCGGGUCUAGUGGUUGCUGGCGGCGGGCCUUCCCGAUCGCGGGCCAUGCUCGCGUGCGGCUGCGUUUCCAGCAAGUACUGGCCUGCGGGCUGCGCACACCCGAAGCGGAAGGUGCGGUGUCUGGAGCUGCUGCUUUCCCUCGGGCUCCUUCACCCGCUCCCGGGCCGCCCUGCCCGCACCGCCCCGUAGGUCCCGGCUUCGAGAGCGCGGCCAGACCCUCCCGGGCGCGUGCUACGUCGCGCGGCCGGGCCCCAGCGCUCAGGGUCUGUGUGGGUCGGGGCUCCUGGCGAGCGCGCGGAGCUCUGAUGACGGGCUGCGGUAAACGGGCCCGCGGCGUCCCCGUCUCCCGCGCGGCCUCUCCCAGCCCGCGCGGGUCGCCGCUGCCUCCGGUUCCGGGAGCGCCGCCCUCCGGUCAGUGGCGCCGUCCUCGUCCGGCCGGCCGGCGAGGGAGACGCGCGGAGUCGCCUUGGCGCCUGGACUUCUGCCUUGGAACCAUGUGAGCUCACGGAAGACCGAGUUUCCAUGCGCUGUCCAUGCCGCACCCGCGUGUUCCGCUAGAGCCGGCCUCGGGCUUCACUCUCCGGCGUUUACGGUGCCGCCCGGCUUCCCGGGGUCGCCCGGCAGUGUCCGCGGAGCGCGACCACCCGACAGGCCCUCGUGCUUGCCUCUCAGGUCCCCGCUUUGCAGGCCAUCUGUGUGCCGAGUCCAAGGCCGCCCGCGGAGUUGGGUCACCAGCCACAUAAGCUGGAAGCACAAGGGCGUUUUUCUCUGCUGUUUCCUGUGGAAACUGGUCAAGCUCCUGGAGUCACAAAAACUGGGGCACCAGACUGGGUAUGCGCUUCUUUUGGGG